AUGGCCAGCCUAUGGCGAGCGGUGAUGGGCGAUUCGCCACCCAACGUCGAUGAUUACGACGGCGUCGAGUACUGGUCAAACCCCGAGCGAACCGGCUGGCUCACCAAGCAAGGCGAGUACAUCAAGACCUGGCGCCGCCGUUGGUUCGUUUUGAAACAAGGCAAACUCUUCUGGUUCAAGGAGGGCAUCGUAACCCGCGGAUCACGUCCCCGUGGCGUCGUGCCAGUCGCCACCUGCCUCACAGUCAAAGGAGCCGAAGAUGUCCUCAACAAGCAGUUCGCUUUUGAGCUAUCUACCCGAUCCGAUACUAUGUACUUCAUCGCCGAUUCUGAAAAGGAGAAGGAGGAUUGGAUCAAUUCAAUUGGACGCUCAAUUGUUCAGCACUCGAGGUCUGUUACUGAUAACGAGAUCGUUGAUUAUGAUAGCAACAGAUAA